GCUGGGUGGAUGCCGUAAAGCAGACGCACAGGGACAAGCAGCAGGGGAAGGCAGGGUGUCACCAGAGCAUGUGGCCUCAUCCUCGAAUGGCCAGGCCACGUCUUCAACAGAAGCUGUUUCACAGCAUGGUUGAGGACCCUGAGUCCGGAUCCGGUGUUGCCCCUGUUUUGGAUGCUGCCUCCAGCCCCCAGGACCUCCUGGCUCGCAUUGAGGAGGAGAAAGAACAGAGCCGCAGGUUCGAGGACCAGCUGCGUACCUGGCUUGACGUCGAGUCCCUGGGCCCUUCCUCUUCCUCCUCACCACUUUUCUUGCCUUCUUCGUUACUGUCUGUACCGGAGAUCGUAGUGCCCUCCCCAAAGAUGGCUGCCCCACCUGCACUUGCCCUGCAGAAGGAGCGCAGUGUCCGCAGUGACCAGGCCAGGGGAGCUGCCAGUUCUAUGGUGAGGCGUCUACAGGAGCUGGAGCAGCUGAUCUCUGCAAUCACAAACCACCUCGCCAGCCUGGAACUGCCGGGUGGCGCAGACUCCCUUCCCCUUCCCCGCAAUGUCCACCACAACAAGUCCCUUCCACUUUUGCCUGCGGACGAGGUUCUGGACGUGGUGGCAAUCUAUGGCGGUGUCCACGGAGCCCACUGGUCUCCAGUCCUUUAG